GGCUUUUUAGCGGCCCCACCCUUUGGUCCCAACUUUUGGCGUGGCCAGGGUAUAAAAGAAUUCGAAUUUAACAAGAUCAACAUAGUCAGUCAGGAACUACCAAGUCCAAGAUAAAACAUUUUCAAACAUGUUCUCCAAGAUUACAAUUGUCGCUUGCCUUUUGGCAGCUGUCAACGCUGGAUUCGUUCAAUAUCAACCGGCAGCGUUGACAUCAACUCAGGACAAUAUUCUACGAAGCCCAGGAAAUUUAGCUCAAAUUUCCACUCAAAGUAAAACAAUUCAAACGCCAUUCUCGAGCAGCAGCAAAUCUGAUAUUCGCGUGAGCAAUCCUGGCUAUGUUGCACACACUUACGCCGCUGCCCCAAUUGCCCAGACUUAUGCCGCCGCUCCAGUUGCCCACACUUACGCCGCUGCACCAAUUGCCCAGACUUAUGCCGCUGCUCCAGUUGCCCACACCUAUGCCGCUGCCCCAGUUGCCCACGCUGCGCCCGCUAGCCUCCUCGGUGUUGCCUACAGUCCAGCCGUUGCCGUCUCACACAUGUCCUACAGCAGUCCAAUUGGCGUCUACAGUUGGUGAUUUCUCUCAAAAUUAUCAUAAUCUUACAAUCUCAUUACAAAAAACGAAAAAAAAAUAGAAAAAAAAUCAGACCACAUCAAUUAUUGUAAAUAAUAAAAUAUAAUAAAAUUAAAUCAGUUUAUUUGAAUAUGUAAA